AUGCUGGGGCAGCUGCAAACCACACAGCGAUCUGCCUCCAUCUCGGAUCCAUGGCCUGUGAAAGACAUUGUGUACGUAGCCAUCGUCGGCACUGUAAUGUUGAUGGCAUUGCUCGAGUGGUUUCUAUGGCUGGCGGCAUUUUUGUAUUGUCUCUGGAAAGUGUACCAAAAGGCAGACAUGUGGAGCAUCAAGCUCCUGGCUGUUAUCAACGCCGUCUUUUUCAUUGCCAUGAGAUUCACCUUCCUUCCCAUCAUGGUUGUUACCCUUCCCUUACCUGCUCAGGUCACGCAGUACUUUCCCCUGCAAAUGGUCUCUUUCCUGCAGUGGUUUGCCUUUUGGACGUUUGCGGGUCUGCUCACCGUGCCGUGGCUGUUCUGCGUCUAUCAAAUCGUCACGCACAACAUCGGCCGCCAGAAAAGAAUCAAGCAUGUCCUGGACGAGCUCACAGCGCCGAAGGUAGUAAUAGUGAUGCCAUGCUAUAAGGAGUUGCCGGAGAUACUGCUCCGAACGAUAGACUCGAUCGUCGAUUGCGACUAUCCCCCCUCGUGUCUCCAUUUGUUCUUGUCGUUUGAUGGCGAACAAGAGGAUGAACUGUAUCUCAACACAAUUGAGAAAUUGGGCGUACCGUUGACCCUUGACUCUUAUCCGAAAAGCAUUGACGUUGUGUACCGCAGUACACGGAUCACGGUAUCACGAUUUCCCCACGGCGGCAAGCGCAGUUGCCAGAAGCGAACGUUCAAGCUCAUAGAUCGCGUUUACACAGAAUAUCUGAAACGAAAUGAUAACCUCUUCAUCCUCUUCAUCGACUCCGAUUGCAUUCUCGACCGAGUUUGCAUACAAAACUUUAUGUACGAGAUGGAACUUAAGCCUGGAAGUAAACAUAAUAUGCUGGCCAUGACUGGGGUUAUCACGUCCACAACCGAGAAGAACAGCCUGAUCACCAUACUGCAGGACAUGGAAUACAUUCACGGUCAGCUUUUUGAGCGCUCCGUCGAAUCAGGCUGCGGAGCUGUCACCUGUCUACCCGGUGCUCUAACCAUCCUCCGCUUCUCAGCCUUCAGGAAGAUGUCGAAGUACUACUUCGCUGACAAAGCGGAGCAAUGCGACGACCUUUUUGACUACGGCAAGUGCCAUUUGGGCGAGGACAGAUGGCUGACACACCUCUUCAUGAUCGGCGCAAAGGAGCGCUAUCAAAUUCAGAUGAACACAGGCGCGUUCUGCAAGACGGAAGCGGUGCAGAAUUUCCCGGCUUUGCUCAAGCAGCGACGAAGAUGGUUUCUCGGCUUCAUCACAAACGAAGUCUGCAUGCUCACAGACAUCCGUCUUUGGAAGCGCUACACCAUUCUCUGCGUGCUUCGACUCGCACAAAAUACGAUUCGGACCACGGCAUUGUUGUUUUUCAUCAUGGUCAUCUCUCUGAUCACAACUUCGCAGAAGAUUCAACAACUGCCCGUCGGCUUCAUCGCCAUCUCGCUUGGCCUCAAUUGGCUGCUCAUGUUCUACUUCGGUGCCAAGCUCGGCAGAUAUAAAAUCUGGCUCUACCCUGUCAUGUUCGUCAUCAACCCCUUUUUUAACUGGAUGUACAUGGUAUACGGUAUCUUCACGGCCGGACAGCGGACAUGGGGUGGGCCACGCGCCGACGCAGGAAAAGCUGACGAGAACACCACAGCUCAGGAAGCAAUUGAGUUUGCCGAGGGGGUCGGAGAUGAUCUCAACGUUGUGCCAGAGUCCUUCAAACCAGCUGCAGAGAUCAGGCGUAGACGCAGCGGUAAGGAGAAGAGAUCACCGCCAAUACCUCUCAUACCAUCAGACAAUCUCUCGGGCCGCUUUGCACCGGCUGAACGGACACCCAGUGGAUGGUAUCGCCACAUCAACGAGUCUGGAGUUACUAUUUCAGAGUCCAGGAGACCUCGUCAACACUAUUCACAGUCUAACGCAUACGCGCGUGACUCGGUCGAUUCGGUGGCUACGGUAGGAUCAGAAGGCCAAUCAAUAUACAUGCCACGACGUGUCGAGAGCUUUUUACCAUCUGAAGAUGCGGCCACGUAUCAUUUCAAUCAGCAAGCUCAACGUCCGGCCGGUGGCUCGCAUUUUGAAAACCAACGACGGCCGCGUCACGGACAAGAGCGCAAGUUCCGAACUUUGCGAAAUGACGAAGAUGUUGAGAAAGCCAUAGACCAGUCGGCCGAGCUGUCAGAAUCCGAGAGGAUAUCUUCAGUCAGCUCGGAUGGAGAGCUAAAUCCAUCCACUAACCCGCACGACUCCGUCGACUCUCUCGAUCUACAUCCCGGUUACAACGGUCGCACUACACGACCGGAUUCUCGUCGGAGCACAGACAGCUACACACACUCGCGUGUUCGACCUCCGUCUAAUAGCCGGAAGCCAUCUGAGAAUCACCAGCUCCCGCGUUCACCUUCACUGCCUGAACUGAAUCCAAACAGUCUCCUGGCCCAGGGACCAACACACUACCGUCCACGCGGCAGACUCCCUGUCCCUCGCCAAAAUCAACCGCGCAGCCCUCUUUCACGACGCAGUUUCGUGCGCACGUCUGACACUUCGUUUGAUCUUGGGUUAGAAGCAGAGCCUCAAUCUGAUGAGCCUGGCGCGCAGAGAUCUAGAUCUGCUAGUGCUUUGCAAAGGCUUUCUAUGUUCUCUCAACCAAACGGGAUGUUUUUUACCCGUCCGAGCACGACGGAAAACGUUGGUUCGAGGGACCCCAGCAGUGAAAGGGAGGGCAGGAGAAGAAGGAGGUUGAGUAGAGAGAAGUGGCGUUAG